AUGCUCAAGACAAGUUAUUAUGCGGACAGUGACACUGAGGCGCAGGCCUGGAUGGAAGAACUGCGGUCUAUCGGCGAAGCGCGCAAGAAAAGUGCGAAACGAAUUCAAGAUCUUGAAGUUCACACAAAGAAAAUGGAAAAUAAGCACGCUGAAAUUCGGAUGAACGAAAUAGAAGCAGAGAAGCGCCGAGCACUCAGGGAAACCGAACUUCAAAGGCGCCUCAAAGAAAAAGAAGCAGUCAGGAAAUCGCAGCAAUGGGCAUCACAGCAACAACAACCCACGACUCACGAUGUGCAGCAAUCAUGCAAAGCAGUAUUGGUUUCCCAAUCCACUCGACCUGAACAACCAGCCAUCUCCGUCAUCACUACGACGGUAACACAGGAAUAUCUUCAUGCCGCACUCGCCCGAAUGCAACAGCAAUUGCAGCAGCAACAGCAACAAAUGCAGCAACAGAUGCAGCAACAAAUGCAGCAACAGCUUCAACAAUUCCAACAGAUGCUGCCGGUGACCCAUGCGGAGCACUCUGCAAUGUUCAUGGUCGUCCCCCAAACUCCGCCGAUCCAGGUCCAAAACCGCAAAGGCUUCCAGACUCCUGAAUAA